AGAAGUGUGUUUGAGAGAUGAAGACUGAUGAUCUCUGGGAAAAAGGUGGCAGAGGGAGACGUUUGAUGAGUGGCAUUCAGUCCUUCAGAGAAAAGAAAGAGACAAAGAAGAUACAGGAGGCAUAAGCUAGAGAAAAACCCUCAAGGCAAUGAUCACCAGACUCCUGUGGAGGGCCUUGUGCCGGAUGACCCUACUUUGCACUGUGUCACACCUUGCAAGCUCCACGGACAACAAGCCAGACUCCUCAGCUCCAGAGCAGGGAGUCACCUUCAGCCACAUCUAUAAGAUUGACAUCCCAGGGAGCUCCGGCUGUAUGUUUGAACGCCUGCCAGCCCAGGAUGAAGCAGGUCUGCAGACAGACACCACAAAAAAUGGAGAGAAUGACAUCAUCUUUAAACACAACAUAAGGCUGCAAACACCCAAGUGUGACUGUGAUGAGUCCGAAAACUUCAAGUCUCUAUUGUAUAGAGUCAAUGGACUGGAAGAAGAAGUCAACUACCUUAAGAGCCAGUGUUCUCAGGGAUGCUGUGGAAGAGGAGGUGCUGGAGGUGUAGACACAAGCUGUAGUGGCCAUGGUACUUAUGAUCAAAACACCUGCAGCUGCAUAUGCAACCAGGGAUGGGAAGGCCCAGACUGCUCUGUGUCCUCUUGUCCUGAUGAGUGCAAUGACAAUGGCCGAUGUGUGGAUGGGAAAUGUGUUUGCCAUGAAGGCUACACAGGAGAGGACUGCAGCCAGCUGGCAUGUCCGAACGACUGCAACGACAAAGGACAGUGUGUGGAUGGAAAAUGUGUAUGCUUCCCACACUUCACUGGCGAGGACUGCAGCACCCCGACAUGUCCUAAUGACUGCGUGGGCAAUGGCCGCUGUGUGGAUGGUCAAUGCAUCUGUGAUGAAGGCUUUUAUGGGGAGGACUGUUCAUUAGUCCUUGGACCUCAGGGUCUGCGGUUGGUCAAAGUGACUGACGUCUCUCUCUUGGUUGAGUGGGAGUCUGUCCGAGGAGCAGAGUAUUAUGUUUUGACAUAUCAUCCAAAAUAUGAUGAGAGUGCCAUGGAGGAGAUUCAGAUUCCCAACACAGAGAAUUCCUACCUUAUUACAGGACUGACUCCAGGGGUCACCUACAUCGUCAAGGUUUAUGCUGUUAUCAAAAAAAUCCGAAGUGAUGACGACACAAUUGAAGCCACUACAGAUGUUUCAACUAUUGAUGAUGUCCAAGUCCUUGGCCAGACAGAGGUUUCUAUUGAAGUGGACUGGAAGAACCCACAGGCUGAAGUGGAUUACUUUAGGCUUAUACACACUGACCCGUCUGGACAGGAGGAGGAGACUGAUGUACAGAGUAGCCAAGAGGCACGCACUAAGCACACUAUUGUGGGUUUGUAUCCAGGAACAGAGUAUCAGAUCUCUGUGCAGGCCAUCAAAGGAAACACUGAGGGAAAUCCUUCUUACACCACUGGUGUCACAGACAUUGAUGCUCCAAGAAAACUUGUCACUGUUGAAGUAACAGAAGACACUGCAAGUCUCUCCUGGGAUAAGGUGCAGGCUGAAAUAGAGGGUUAUAUGCUGAGUUAUACCUCUGCUGAAGGCUCCAGUCCUGACAUCCCAGUGGGGCGCGACAGAACCGCAUACAAGCUGGUUGGUUUGAGGCCUGGUGUCAUUUACACUGUCUACAUCUGGGCCUUCAAGGGAGACAAAGUCAGCAGGAAGACUUCAGCAGAGGCCGAGACAGAGCUGGAUGCUCCUACUAACCUCUUGGUCCAAGAUGAAACAGAGUCCAGCUUUAAAGUUCACUGGAACCAUGCCCAGGGGGAAAUUGAUGGCUACAUGCUGACCUAUAACUCCUCUAAGGGCUCGAGUGAGAAGAUCCCAGUUGGACCUGACAUUUCUUCAUAUAUGCUGACUGGCCUGAGGCCAGGGGUCCUCUACGCUGUUCAUGUCUGGGCCAUCAAGGGGACCAAAGCCAGCAGGAAGAUCUUGACGGAAGCUGAGACAGAACUGGAUGCUCCUGCUAACCUCUUAGUCCAAGAUGAAACAGAGUCCAGCUUCAAGGUGUCAUGGAAUCCAGUCCAGGCAGACAUUGAUGGUUACAUCCUAUCCUACACCUUCCUUAAUGGCUCAAGUGGAGAAAUCCUUGUGAGACCUGAUAUCACUUCUUAUAUGCUGACUGGUCUGAGGCCUGCAGUCCUCUACACAGUCUACAUCAGGGCCUUCAAGGGAGACAAAACCAGCAGGACGAUCUUGACACAAGCUGAGACAGAACUGGAUGCUCCUGCUAACCUCUUAGCCCGAGAUGAAACAGAGUCCAGCUUCAGUGUGUCAUGGGACCCUGUCCAGGCAGACAUUGAUGGCUACAUCUUAACCUAUAACUACUCUGAGGGAUCUAGUGAGGAAAUCAGCAUUGGAUCCAGUAUGACCUCUUACUCACUGACAAGCCUGAGACCUGGAGUCCUCUACACGGUCUACGUUUGGGCCAUCAAGGCGGACAAAGCAACUGGGAAGAUUUCAACAGAGGCAGAAACAGACAUUGAUUCCCCAAGGGACCUGAGGGCUUUCGAUGUGACAGUGGAUUCUGCUUCUUUGGCUUGGAGUCCUCCUCUGGCAGAUAUUGAGGGUUACAUACUCACCUACAGAAGUGAAGAUGGCGUCAUAGAGACUGUUGAAAAGCAGCUUGGAGCUGGCGAGACCAGAUUUGCUCUAUCCAACCUGGAGAUGGGGAAGCGCUAUGUUGUUACCAUCAUUGCCUACAGAGGCAACAAGAGGAGCAAGGUGACAGAAACCAUCUUCAAAACAGUUGGUCUGAUGUACCCCUUCCCCAUGGACUGUGUUCAAAUCAUGAAGAAUGGAAACACAAAGAGUGGCAUCUACACAGUCUACAUUAAUAAUGACCGCUCCAAACCCAUAGAGGUUUACUGUGAUAUGGACACUGAUGGAGGCGGCUGGCUGAUGCUUCAGCGUCGAAACACUGGCAAGCUGGACUUCAUGAAGCGCUGGAGGCAGUACAUGGCAGGUUUUGGCAACAUGACGGAUGAGUUCUUUAUUGGUUUGGACAAGAUAUACGAGCUUACCAACACUCCUACUCAGUAUGAGCUGAGGUUUGACUUGGGCCUGGGCUCAGACAGGGCUUAUGCGGUGUAUGACAACUUUAAGAUUGGACCUGUCAAGCAAAAGUUCAAACUUACUGUUGGCAAAUACAGAGGGACAGCAGGUGAUGCUAUGACCUACCAUCAAGGCCGACCCUGGACAACUGUUGAUUCAGAUAAUGACAUUUCCCUUGGUAAUUGUGCGCUGACCCACCGUGGCGCCUGGUGGUACAAGAACUGUCACCUGGCCAACCUCAAUGGCAACUGGGGUGAUAACAGGCACAGUAUGGGAGUGAACUGGGAACCGUGGAAGGGCCAUCUAACAUCUCUUGACUUUACCGAGAUGAAGAUCCGACCCGUGGGAGCCAUGUCCAGCCGGAAGAAACGGUCAUUGGUGGCCAGGGAGAAAAGCAGAACCUCAAACACCCACAAGAAAUAGAAGAACCAGCAACAAGACAACAGAUGCAAUCAGUCCCAUUAACCUGUGAUCACACUAGAUUUAGUCGUUUCUGUACAUAUGUAGAUACAAAAGUCUGACCAUGCUAGAAUUCCUGUUGGUUUACUUGCCUCUAUGCCUCAGCUCCUGUACACAUUUUGGUAAAACAUAAAAAAGCUCAGAUUCAAUAGUAACUUAUUACCUGUUUUAUUCGAAUCAGAAAUUCUAAGGUUUAGUGUGAUUGUAGGAAAGUGGAAAAAUCAGAAACUGCCUUUAAGCUGUUUGGAAAUGAUCAUGAACGUUAUUGAGUUUAGUCUCUCAGUUAUAAUGUAAUUGUAUUUUUAGAAACUCCUGUUUUACCAACUGAUAGAAACUUUGAGUAUAGCUAGGUAUAUCAGGAAGAUGGAAAACAAGAACUUUUUCUCCAGUGACUCCAGCCUUUUAACCUGAAGGCAGUCCUCCAGUUUACUUGUAUUAUAUGUGUUUAAUUCUUGUCAUAGGAAGAAUGAAUGUAUAGCAAUAUUGUCUUAAAAGCAUAAAUGUGAGGAGAAAAACAGCAGUAACAAUGGCUUGUGUGUUUAUAUAUUGGAUCAGGUGUAGGCUGUUUGCAUCAUUGCCCUGUUUCUAUUGAUUAUAGAUUUUGUGACAUUAUGCUGCCACAGUUUUUUCAACGGUGUCACAUCACAUCUGUUCAUGUGGGACAAGCCAGAGAAUAACAACUGACGGCUUUCUGGAAAAGCCAAACUUCUCCUGCUUUACAUUCAUAUGACAGGGGCAGCUCAUAUCAAUCAAUGUGAUGUGCUCACAUUAGACGUCAAUAAGAACAAGGUUUGUUUGGGCUGUCCUCUGGAGCUCAAUAACCAAACUCCUCCUUUCAAUCCGGUAAGCUGACAGAAGUCAUUAAAACAGCUUUGACUUUAACUUUACCUUUAACUUCAAAUCAGAAGUUUCAAGGUCAGAAAUAAGGACACUUUCUAAGGAAAUUAAAGUCUAUUUAAUAAUAUUUCUUUUGUUAAUUGUAUUUUCAAACUCACAUUAUACUUGCUCACUCAUAUUAGUAUCACCAUUCACAGAUAAAAUAAAGAAUUUCUUACAUGAUGAUAUUAUCAUUUUCCUUGUCUUAAUAGAUCGGUGGACUUGAGGGAUACGAGGUACAAAAAAAAUUAACAAGCAAGUAGUUAUAUCACUUUUGCUUCACUGAUUUUAAUGAAGUUGUUUGAAGGCGGCAUGAUUUUACAUGAAAAUGACUGAGAAAUUUUCUCAUUUUCUCCCACUACUAAAGGGUUUAUAUAUGUAUAAAUACAUAUUAAAUAGAUUAAACUCUUUUUAUCCAAUGACUUGAUAUUUAUGUGAUCCUCCCUUGCCUUCACCAGAUCAGUGGCAAUCAGCAGAUGGCGUUUACUCCAUCAUUCAUUUUGAAAUGAAAGCUGUCACCCAAAUGUCCUACCAAAAUUAGAUUAUUUUCUGAACUUCCUUUUAAGGUAGAUGAAACCAUGAUCUCUAACAGUUCUGCUGAUUUUAUCAAUGUGGAGCUGCAGUGUUGCAGCAGUGCCACCAUUUCAUCAUACAGAGUUGCACAACUUCCAGGAACUGAUGACUGUUUACUGGUCUCAGCGGAGCUUCCCAAUGCUCUUUCUCAUAAUCUGUAGACGGCUAGAGCCCACAGACUGUCUGGGCCACAACCGUUUUACCACAGCAGCUUAAAGUGUAUGGAAAGGAUAUAAAAAGCAACAUUUCAAAUAUAGAGACAAAAAUGUACAUAUAUCAGAUAUUAUCUAUUCAAAUGACACAGAAACAUUUCAAGAAGAUCAUUCCUCCCCUGAAAACUAAAUGAAAGUUGAAAAGAUAAUAUUGUUGACUUUUUAAUUCAUCAUCAAAGUCUGAGGAAGCUGCUGCUUCAACUCUGACAGCAAAUGU